AUAACUCAGAUUUGUAACUGAACAGUGUUUGAGUUGAUAAAUGAAAGCAGGAUACUACCUAGUAACAUUUGAUAUUUAUACCUAAAACAGCUGAUUGGUCACUCUUCUUGAACAUAAAGCACUGGCAGCUUUCAGCUGGGAUUCAGUGUGAGCGAAGAUGUCAUUGCUAAAGCACUUGAGUUGUCAUCUCAUUCUGACACUGUCCGUAUUGACUGGAGCAGAUAGUGCUGAUGACUUUUACAUAAGAUGGGCAAGAUGCAUCUUUAGCUCUCCUGAUUUCAGUGACAUGACGUAUAUUGACAGCUUUUACUUUAAUAAAUUUCUUUUCGCAGAGUUUAACAGUACUUUGGGGAGGUUUGUGGGGUUUAGUGAGAUUGGAAUGAGAAUUGCUGAGGCUUUGAACAGUGAAAUCAUUCUGCAAUUUGAUAGAAAUGCAGUUAAUGUAUGCCAAAAUUUUUAAAAUCCAAGGACACACCUGAGCUUAAUAAAGUAGACGUGUUGGAAACUGCAUAUUUGGGAUGUUGCUUUCUUUGAUUCAGUGAAACCAAAGGUUAAGCUCAUUUCCGUGACGAGGGCAGGGAGCAGACAUCCAGUGUUGAUGUGCAGCGCAUAUGAAUUUUAUCCUCAACACAUCAAAGUGUCUUGGCUGAGAGAUGGUAAACUGAUGACCUCUGAAGUGACCUCAACAAUGGAGAUGGCUGAUGGUGACUGGUACUACCAGAUUCACUCUGAGCUGGAAUACAGCCCCAAAUCUGGAGAGAAAAUCUCCUGUAUGGUGGAGCAUGCCAGCUUCAAUAAACCCAUGAUUUAUGACUGGGAUCCGUCUCUCACUGAGCGGAAUAAAAUCGCUAUUGGAGCUUCUGGUCUGGUGCUGGGUAUCAUCAUAGCAGCUGCUGGACUUAUUUACUACAGGAUGAAAUUAACAGGAAGGAUCCUUGAUCAAUCAUUACUCACUUAAUAAUUAUAAAUUUUUUAGGACUUCAUUAUGACUACAAGGGGACUAAUAAUGAAUAAUGGGCUGUUUGUGACAUUAGCUUUAUAACAUAAUCAUGGCUCACUAGUUUUUAGUUAUGUACAUUUUCAAUGUGCUGUAAUCACCUUGUUCAGAGGUUUUCAAUCCUAAUCCUGGGGAGCCACUGCUCUGCAUAAUUUCUAUGUUUCUCUUAUCUAAAAUACUCAGGGUGUUUACACAACAACAAUUUACUAAAAACAUUUACUUAGCAUUUUUGAACAACAUUGUAAAAACAAUCCCGUUCACACAGAUCCAUGAAAAAAAUUGCUGUAUUAUGUAUGCCAGGCCAGUAGUUGGCAAUGUCAACAACACUACGUCUGCGCACAUACGCGUUCUUUUGCCGUGCAUACAAACAAUCAAGAUGCACGCACAUGACAUCACCGUUUUCACAAAUUCACGUUUUUGUAGUCUACAUAGAGACUAUAAGAGUAUCGUUUUCAAAAGUUUGCAUUUCAGACUCUCUUCUAAUGAGCUGAUAAUCUGAAUCAGGAAGACAUACAAAAUGCAUAGAUCGGUGGGUCCCCAUGACCAGGAUUGAAAACCCCUGAACUAGUUAGCUAAACACCACUUAAAAUGAGUGUUUAUUAGAAGAUUUAAAGAUCCAAACAUUUUAGAGAAAGAGAACAGAUAUUCUAAUCAUUAUUGUGCUCAGACUUUUCAGAUCUCAAAUGUGACAUUUCAAACCAACCCAAAGUAAGUCUAAAGCCGCGUUUCCACCGAAAUUACCCGGAACAAUUGUACCAGGAACUUUUCUCCCAGGAACUUUUUGUCCCCCCCAGACCUGUUGCCUUCUGCGUUUCCACGCGGUCUAAAGUACCGUGAAGAUUAGGCUAAUUUGUCCGGUGACGUAGUACUGCGCGCAACUGUUUCUUCCUGUCAGUGACGGACCGUAAUCAUUCUUGUGCGACAGAAAAAGCAGUAUGGAGGAGAUUCAAGGAAUGCUGCUUCUGCUCAUGGUGUAUUGGUUUACUAAAGAAAUAAUGAACCAAACGGCAGAAAACAGACGAGCACUGAUAGUAAAGCGUAUACAGAAAGCUCAUAAUUCUUGAUAUAAAAUGAGACAACGUGUCUUAUCAGCAAUUGCUGACAUCGACCGUGAGAUGGCUGGGACGAACGCGCUCCAUCGGGCAGAAAGAACAAGAUUGGUAAGAAAACAAUCAAUCAAAAUUAUCCAGAGUUGUGAAGAAUGUUACCAAUCAAAUGCGGCGUGAAUCCGACCAAUCAAAUGCGGCGUGAAUCCGACCAAUCAGCAUGUUCAGCGCCUAGUACCACCCCCGAAAGUUCCUGAACUUUGAAAAAGUACCACCUCGCCAUCAGGGACUUUUCUGAGGGGGAAAUUUUACCCGGAACUUUUUUUAGUUCCUGGUUCCUGCGGUGGAAACACACCGAGUACCAGCCCAAAGUCCCUAGUUCCUGGGUAAAGUUCCUGCGGUGGAAACACACCGAGUACCAGCCCAAAGUCCCUAGUUCCUGGGUAAAGUUCCUGCGGUGGAAACGGGGCUUAAGAAAGCAGUGGCUGGUAAACAUAUGAGAUUAUUUCAUAUAAACUAGUCAACGCAAGGCUGCAAUGUGUGCGAGAUCUGAUAAUAAGUCAGAGUGAACAUUUAUUUGUAUUAAAUGUUUUAAUUACUA